CGCGGCUGUCAGUCACUCGGUCAGGCAGGCAGUCGCCUCAGCGCAGCGCCGAGGAGGGGGCGGCUAUGGCGGUGGACCUGGGGCUGUGGAGCGGGCCGCUGAGCCUCACCGAGGUGGAGCAGAAACCCGCGCAGCCCCUGCGGGUCAAGUACGGCUCGGUGGAGAUCGACGAGCUGGGCAAGGUGCUGACGCCCACCCAGGUGCAGAACCGCCCCACCAGCAUCGAGUGGGAUGGCUGCGACCCCCAGAAGCUCUACACGCUGGUUCUCACGGACCCCGAUGCUCCCAGUAGGAAGGACCCGAAGUUCAGGGAAUGGCAUCACUUCCUGGUGACCAACAUGAAAGGCAACGACGUGGGGAGCGGGACCGUGCUGUCAGACUACGUCGGGUCAGGACCCCCCAAAGGAACAGGGCUGCACCGGUACGUGUGGCUGGUGUACGAGCAGCCGAAGCAGCUGAAGUGCGACGAGCCCAUCCUGUCCAACCGCUCCGGCGACAAGCGAGGGAAGUUCAAGGUGGCGGCUUUCCGCAGCAAGUACAACCUGGGGGUGCCGGUGGCCGGCACCUGCUACCAGGCGGAGUGGGACGACUACGUGCCGAAGCUCUACGAGCAGCUGUCCGGGAAGUAGGGAGCAGGCACCGCAUGAGCACCGCGUGGCACCCCCGACCCCCCCAGAGCCCACUCAAAGCACCUCGCUGUUGUUCUGUUCGCCUGUGAGUUGAACCCGGCUGCUCCCGCACUGACCUGAGCUGAGCCAUGACCUCGCUGCCGUCCACGAGCUGAAUCCGCCUUGGUGUUGGCAUGGUCCGGACUUGUGCUGUGCUCGUUGCUGUAGGCGCAGCCUGUAGCUAGCCCAAAAAGCUUCCGAAAAGGCAAGGGGCAGCCCCUCUGGGCUGACCUGCUCGGGGGAAGUCAAACCCUGUGAACCGCUGCCACUCGGAGCGGCCCUGCUGUGCUGACGGCACUGCUGUGGGUGCAGAACCACUCCUGGUUGCUGCUGGCUGUGCAGCCGUCCCCUUCCAGGAGGGGAGAAGGCAGCAGGCAGAGGGAAGCUGCUUGUUUUUGUUUUUUUUUCCCUCAAGUAUUUGCCAAUGAGGUGAACCACUGAAGUCAUUACUUUAAAGAUAACGAGUAGAAUGAGGUGGGGAAGCUGCUUACCUUCUGAUUCUCUGUUCUCUUCUGAUCUCUGUAGCCCCUCGAAGCAGAGCGGCUUUGUUUUGUCCGUGUUCUGUUGUGACCAAUGCGUGCUCACGGUGCAAUUAAACACUUACCCAGGC